AUGGCCAAGCCUCAGAAACUUGUCGCGAUCAUAGGCGGCGGCGAGUCUGGUCUCGUAGCCUACCGACACAUGAUCCAUUACCCGAAUCUCAAACCCACUCUCUUCGAAGCCUCGUCUUCCCUAGGUGGAAUCUGGUCCACUGAUCAUCCCUACCACCGCCCGCUUAUGACGACCAACAUCUGUCGUCAUACCUGCCUGUACUCGGACGUUCCAUGGCCUGCCGAUGCUGGCCCCAAGAGGAAAGACCUCUUUCGGUACUCUGGGGACAUGGGAAACUUCCUCAACGUAUACGCUCAGCGAUACCUACGCGAUGGGGACGUGAGGAUGAAUACGAAAGUCACCAAGGUCGACCUGCGCGAUGGCAAAUGGGCUUUGAACAGCACUGUUGUGCACGAUGGAAAUGAAACCCCGCAGCCCGAGGAAGCCUUCGAUUACCUGAUUACUGCGACUGGGUUCUUCUCGAACCCAUACAUACCUGCGCUUCCUGGUCUCGAUGCAUCUCCAUUUCCCGUCGAACACUCUGCCGUCUUCCGAGACCCCGAUGCGUACAGAGGCAAGAGCGUCGCGGUCGUGGGCGGAUCUCUAUCUGCGGUCGAGAUUGCCGGUGCUUUGUCCCCGUAUGCUGCGAAGAUCCACCACAUCACCCCAGCGCCAUUCUACGUCAACCCUCUCUUUGUGCCGACGACCUCUGAGAACUCCGAAAUUCCCCGCUUCGCGCCGUGGGACCUCGACUCGUACAGACGGGCGUACUUGGAUGGCCGCAGAAGGGAGCUGAUAAACCCUACACCUGAGGACAAUCGCAAGAAACAUAGUUACUUCGCAUCAUUGUUUCCCAAGAAUAUCCUCCCCAAUUUUAACUUCGACACAAGCACUCCUCCUCAGGUUGGCUUUUCAGAACUCUACAGAGGCGGGAUCCAGACAAAUGUCGUGAAAACGUACCUUGCGAGGUUGGAGUCGAUCGAUCCCGAGGCGGGUGCAUUGGUACUAUCCAAUGGAGAACGAAUUUAUUCCCCGGACUUUGUCAUUCUCUGCACUGGUUACAGCGUCUCGUUCCCUUACCUUACGCCUAGUGCUUUGGAAGCAAUAAGCUAUCAGCAUGACAACCACAGUGUUCCGUUCCUCACUCAUCGCCUCGUGCUUCAUCCUGACCUCCCGAAGGCUGGGUUUGUGGGGGUCUAUAGAGGGUCCUACUACGGAGUGAUCGAGAUCCAGGCGCGAUAUCUAGCUGCUAUCUUCUCUGGGGAGAAGAGCUGGCCGUCAGAGGAGGAGAUGAGGAAGGGCGUGGAGAUCGAGAAGAGCGUACGGGAAGCGGCCCGUCAGACAGGGAUCCAGUUCCCUCACGGCGACUACGCGGGCCUGUUCGAAAGCUACGCUGCUCUUCUUGAUAUCCCUUACUCCGACGAGGACCAUAUCGUCGCGGCGAAUUACCCGCUUCAGGAGAAUGAAGACGUGGAGAAGAUCAUGCGCGACGUUCAGCAUGCGGAUGCACUUUCGAGUGAUGGAGCGUGGAUUCCUGGUGCAGUGUUCCGCUCCUGGGCAGGUCACUGGAAGGUCAAUCGCCGAGUCCACGGCGCAAUGCAGAAAGAGCUGAACGGACAGUUUGAGGGCUUCGCCAUGUUCCACAUGCGCCCGCCUUCCGCCUUACCCUCAGGAUAUUCGACAGCAGAGCUGGGUAUGCGGGAGUACUUGUAUCACGAACACGGCGUAUUUGUCUCCACGUCCGGGAAGAAGUCCGAUUUGCACAGGAAGUACGUGUAUCGAUAUUCUCCCCCUUCUGACACGAUCUCGGUUUGGGGCGUCACGUCCGAUGAUUACGACGGGCCUCCAGAGCAGGGAGAGGUAGAGGAUUGGCUUCACGAUAUCUCUCGCGUGUCGUUCAGGCGGCCUGGGCCUCUGCAGGAGCAAGACAUCACAUGGUUCGUAGAGCAUAACGCGCUGGAACACUGGGAAGCGGCGGCGACUGAGAAAGAAGUAUCCAAACUGGUGUACAAGUUUGUGUUCGAGGGUGCAGAAGUGACGCAGUUCGGGGUGGGAUAUGAAGUUCACGGACCAGAGGGUAGGUAUGUCAGCGAGGCGUGGUUCACGCGGUGA